GCGCUCCGCCCAUCUUUACGCUCCUCCCGGGAGGAGGAAGGCGUGCGGAAGCAGCCCAGACCGGCGGAGGCGGAGGGAACGAUUGCUUGGAAGGCAAGGACCGAUUCCUGCCAUGGCGACUCAGGCCAUCCCAGUCUCAAAGCAGACCAGAGAAGCCGUGUGUGGCAUCCCAACGGAGGUGGUGUGCACCUCCUUUGGAGCCACGAUCCUGGUGGUGGUGACCCAGUAUGGAAAGAUGGGGACUCUGGUCUCAGUGGAGCCUGACGCAGUACCCGAUGGGAUCAACAGAACUUCGUGGACCACGAAAGUUCUCCUGGGCAAAGAUGAGCCUCUUGUCCACAUCUCCGCCAAGCAUCUGGUGACCUUGGUGUCUCAGGAAGCUGGCAACAAGGCCGUUCUGCUGGCAAUGGCUCUGAAGGACAAAAGCAUCGAAGGCAUCCGGAGGUUGAAGGAACUCAUCCAUCAAUGCCGAGUGUGGUGAUGGUGGGACCCAAAGAAUUCUUUGGAGGCCAGAGACGGCUGCCUGAGGUUAAUGUUGGUUUGGAUGCAAACUUGAUUGUGUACAUUGGGGUCUCCAAACUCGGCAACUUGAAGACUUGUGGACUUCAACUCCCAGAAUUCUCCAGCCAGCAUAGCUGGGAAUUCUGGGAGUUGAAGUCCAUGGGUCUUAAAAUCAGGUCUUGAAGCCCAUGGGUCUUAAAGUUGCCACGGUUGGGCUCCCUUGGUGUACACCAGAGGUCUCCAAACUUGGCAACUUUAAGACUUGUGGACUUCAACUCCCAGAAUUCCCAGCUAUGCUGGCUGGAGAAUUCUGGGAGUUGAAGUCCACAAGUCUUCAAGUUGCCAAGUUUGGGGACUCCUGGGGUACACGCUAACUUUUUUUUCCUGUUCAUAACUCUUAUUUUGAACUUUGACAAUGAACAUUUGUGGGUAAGCUGACACAACGGGUGUCAAUUCAUGUUACAUAAACAUUCACAAAUACCUGUUCAGAAACCUGCUGUAACCAUUAAAAAGUUUGAUGUUGUACUUGCCUAGGAAUUAGCCCCAGCAAAUUUUAUAGCAAGUUUUCCUAGUUAAUUGGAUUCUUUUCUGAGGAAGCCCAAGGAAGUUUCAAACGUUGAACAGGUUUUUCCCAGUUGCAAUGUUUAAAUUUCUCCCCGCCCCCUUCAUCUUUUCCCCUUACAUUUCAGUUUUAUAGCACAUCAGAAGUAGUUCAGGUCACAAAUAGCAUUCAGCGAUCCUAUUGAGCAUUUCCUCUCCAUGUUUUCUCAUUCUGAAAGCAACCCGAAUAAAUUCAGAAUAGCUUUGCUGCCAUCUUCUGAAAGGACAGUCUCCGUUUGACUAAAACAAUAAAGGAAUUGCAAUAUG